AUGGCGGCGGCGCGGAGAGCGCGGGCCGGGGAUCCCCGUGCUGGCUUCAGGCAACCGGCAGCGGAGCUGGGCCCCGCCGUGCCGCAGGGGCUGAUCCGGGCGGCUCGGAAGAGCGGGCAGUUAAACCUGGCCGGACGGAACCUAACUGAAGUGCCUCAACAUGUGUGGCGGAUAAAUUUGGAUACUCCAGAAGAAGCUCAUCAGAAUCUCUCCUUUGGUGCUGCGGAUCGUUGGUGGGAGCAAACAGACCUGACCAAGCUGAUACUUGCCUCAAACAAACUGCAGUGUCUUUCAGAGGAUGUCAAGCUCCUGCCUGCACUCACUGUUCUGGAUGUGCAUGAUAAUCAACUGAGGUCACUUCCCUCUGCUUUGGGACAAUUAGAAAAUCUGCAGAAACUUGAUCUCAGCCACAACAAACUGGAAAGUAUCCCAGAGGAGCUGUUACAGUUGUCAUGUUUGAAGAGCCUUCUUCUUCAGCACAAUAUGCUGAGCUGCUUGCCUGAUGGAUUUGGACAGCUUGUCAAUUUGGAGGAAUUAGAUCUCUCCAACAACCACCUCACAGACAUCCCAACAAGCUUUGCUUUGCUCAUUAACUUAGUGCGACUCAAUUUGGCUUCUAACCAGCUCAAGAACCUGCCUGCAGAUAUCAGCGCCAUGAAAAACUUAAGGCAGCUGGAUUGUACUAAAAACUACCUGGAAACUGUCCCUUCAAAAUUAGCAAUGAUGGCAUCUCUGGAGCAGCUUUAUCUGAGGAAAAACAAACUCCGUGCCUUGCCAGAAUUCCCCUCCUGCAAGAUGCUGAAGGAAUUACACGCUGGUGAAAACCAGAUUGAAAUAUUAAGUUCAGAGAAUCUGAAGCAUCUGAACUCUCUCUCUGUGCUGGAACUUCGAGACAACAAGAUAAAAUCCAUUCCUGAUGAAAUUACUCUGCUUCAGAAGCUGGAGAGACUUGACCUUGCCAACAAUGAUAUCAGUAGGUUGCCUUACACAUUAGGGAACCUUCCUCAGUUGAAAUUCCUGGCACUAGAAGGAAAUCCUUUGAGAACCAUUCGAAGAGACCUCCUGCAGAAGGGCACCCAGGAACUUCUGAAAUACCUAAGAAGCAAAAUCCAAGAUGAUGUCCCUAGCCAAAAUGAAGAGCCUUCUGUGACAGCCAUGACUCUUCCAAGCCAGUCAAGGAUUAACAUCCAUGCCAUAAUCACACUCAAGUUACUGGACUACAGUGAGAAGCAGGCAGCUGCCAUCCCUGAUGAGAUGUUCAAUGCAGUCCAGAGCCAUUCUGUCACCACUGUCAACUUCAGCAAAAAUCAACUGAUGGAAAUUCCUCCAAGGAUUGUGGAGCUGAAGGACUCUCUUUGUGAUGUCAACCUUGGCUUCAAUAAGAUCUCCUCUGUUUGCUUGGAGUUUUGUGUGCUCCAUAAAUUGACCCAUUUGGAUAUCAGAAACAACAGUUUGACCUCUUUACCAGAGGAGAUGGUAGCACUGAGCAGACUGCAGGUGAUCAAUUUGGCUUUUAAUAGAUUCAAAGUCUUCCCCAGUGUCCUGUAUCACAUCCUAGCACUGGAGACAAUCCUGCUCAGCAACAACCAGGUUGGGUCCAUAGACCCUCUGCAGCUAAAGAAGAUGGACAAUCUUGGAACACUAGACCUUCAGAACAAUGACCUCCUCCAGGUGCCACCAGAACUUGGAAACUGUGAAAAUCUGAGGACACUUCUGCUGGAAGGAAAUCCAUUCCGCACUCCCCGUGCAGCCAUUCUCUCCAAAGGCACAGCAGCAGUGCUGGAGUACCUGAGAAGCAGAAUUCCUACCUGA